AUCGUCUAUGAAUCCCUACACCUUUCAAUUCUUCCCUCCAUCGUCUCCAAAAUUUUGAAACCCUAAAAUCAAAAAUCCAAGUCCAAAAUGUCGGACGACAUUCCGUUCGAACUCCAAGCGGAAAUCAUCAACCGGGUUCAUCCUGUCAAAUCUUUGAUUCGGUUCAGAUCCUUUUCAAAGCAAUGGAAGUCUCUGAUCGAUAGCUCUGAAUUCAUCACUCAUCACACCCUCAACAACAACAAGACUCAGCCGCAACAUCUACUGGUAAGGUACAUAACAAGAGCUACUGGGCACAGAUUUGUUUCUGCGGAUGCAUGUUUGCUCGAGGAAAAAUAUGUUUCCAUUGUUGAUGAUGAUAGCUUCCACCACCACAAGUUUUCCCCUGUUGUUCCUCCAACCGUUAAGCUGUUUGUGUGUCCACUCAUGCUCGAUUACUCUCACGGAUUGGUGUGUUUGCUUGGAUACACCCGAGAUCGAGUGAACCGAAAGAAACUGGUUGUUGUUUGGAAUCCACUAAUUGGGAAAUCUGUUGGUAUAGAGAUACCGGAUCGAGCCGAUAUUGUUAUUGGUUUUGGGGUGUGUCCUAAAACUAGCGACCCUAAGAUCGUCAAGAUUUCACGUUUUGUCGAGGCCACGGCUGAGGUUUUCACAUUAAGCUCUGGGGCUUGGAGAAGUGUACCGAUGAAUAUUCCGUUUAAAUCAUUGCACUUCCAGAAUUCACAGGUGGUUAUCGAUGGGGUUAUUCGUUGGCUUACUUAUGAUAAAAUUACAUAUAAACAUAGGUUUUAUUCAUUUGAUUUGGCAAGUGAAAAAUUUGGAGAAGCAGCAGACUUUCCUUAUAACUUAGCAGGUCACUCUGGAAGGCUGUACCGUAUAUCUAAGAUCAAUGAUUCUCUUGUGGUGCUUAGUCAUCACUGUAUUGUUACUAAUUUAACACCGAAACGAUUUUGUGACGUAUUGAUGAUGUUGAAAAAUGGUGUUCCAAAACCUUCCUUUACAAAACUAUUCACUGUUAACGACGUUCGGGUUAAUAGUAUGAUUGGAUUUAGGAAGAAUGGCCAACCAAUAAUGCUCGGAACGCAUCAACGGUCUUGGGAUUUAUGGGUCGGCCUUCAGGAUGACCUCCUACAAAGAGUCACUACUUUUGCUUAAUCAUUCUGAUUCGACCAUUUACUCAUAGAUGAUGAAUCUACUUUUUAAAUCCUUGUUUUCUUGUUUUUAGUUUAGCUUCCAUCAGACUUAAUGGUAACUUUUCUUAUUAUCAUCUAACUGAAAACAUGCUCCCAGUAUAUGUUUA